GUUUUCACAAUUAUGCAGCACCAAUCGUGAACCUUCUAGCUUGCUACUUUGUCAUCUAUAAAUAACCCAACAUUCUUACUUCAUUCUCAUCAUCAAAAAACAAACUUCAUUCUCAUCGUGAAACAUCAAAAACAUUUCCAAGCCUCUUCUAUCAUCUUCUACAUUCACAUAAAACUUCAAAUCUUUCUCAUACUCCAACCUGACUCGAUAUCAUACCAUACAUUUCGAAACAACUUUGAUACAUCAUUUACAUUUAAGGAUCAAUAUAUAAUGGAAAGAGUAACAAGAAUUGUAUCACAGAGGGCUGUAGUGAUCUUUAGCAAGAGUACAUGUUGUAUGUGUCAUACUAUCAAGACUCUUUUCUAUGAUCUCGGCGUAAACCCAACGGUUCAUGAACUCGACGAAGACCCGAGAGCAGGAAAAGAAAUCGAGAAAGCACUUGUAAGGUUGGGAUGUAGUCCAUCGGUACCUGCUGUGUUUAUUGGUGGUGAGCUAGUUGGUGGAGCUAAUGAAGUCAUGACUCUUCAUCUCAGUAGCUCUCUCGUUCCAUUGCUAAAGCAAGCAGGAGCUAUCUGGCUUUGAUGAUGUUUACUUAAUUUUGACUUAACUAAUCUUACAAGAUUAGUUAAUUAUUAUUCUAAGUGUGUUUGUUGAGUAUUAUAGUAUAUAUUAAAGAGUUAUAACACAUCCAAAAGUUAAUUAGUUAACUCCACACUAGCUAAUAGCAGCUAGCUUUAGGAAUCUAUCUUAUUAAAAACAGAAUGUAUGGCUUUUUUGCCACUGGUUUGACAUGCUGGCGCUGUAGAUUGCUGGUUUUGUAGUCGAUAUAUCAAUUAAUUUAUUUUUGA